CAAUGGCCAGGGUAGCGACUUCGGAGGCUUUGCGCUUUAUGACAGACUGUCUUAAAGCUGUUGGCGCCUCGGCUAAAGCGGCUCAACAGCAGGCAGAGUUGCUCAUAGAGGCUGACCGCGUGGGACAUCCUAGUCAUGGCCUCAAUAGAUUAGAGUUUUACAUAAACGACAUACUAACCGGUAAUUGCAAACCCAACGACCAGCCUCGGAUCCUGAAAGAGAAUGCAUCCACCGCGUGGGUGGACGCCAACAACGUGCUGGGCGCUACUGCAAGCCACUUUGCGAUGGACAUUGCCAUCAAGAAGGCUAAGACCACUGGAGUUGGAUGGGUCACAGUAAAAGGUUCGAACCACAACGGUAUGGCGGGUUACUGGGCAAAGAAGGCUGCGAAUGAAGGUUUAAUAGGAAUGGCUUUCACCAACACCUCACCACUACUUGCUCCAACAAGAAGCAAAAAGGCCGCUUUAGGAACAAAUCCUUUGUCAGUGGUGGCGCCGGCAGCGGAUGGGGAAACAUUCUACUUGGAUAUGGCCACGACUGCCGUUGCCGUUGGAAAGAUAGAAAUGCAGAUGCGCAAAGAAGAACCCAUACCAACAGGCUGGGCGCAAGACCCUAUUGGAAACCAAACAAACGACGCGGAACUGGCGUUCAAAACAGGUUGUCUGAUGCCACUGGGCGGCGGAGAAGAAACUUCUGGUUACAAGGGUUAUGGUCUGGCAGCUAUGGUUGAACUGUUCUGUGGUAUCUCAUCAGGUGCGAAAUACGGGCACCAUAUCCGCUCGUGGACUCAACAGGGAGAGGGCCCGGCUAACCUUGGCCACUGCUUCAUUGCGGUGGAUCCUGAAAACUUUGCACCCGGGUUCGGAGAUCGCCUCACGGAUUCUAUCCGGCAUUGGAGGGAAUUAGAACCGGCAGAUAGCAGUCUACCUGUCUUGGCUCCCGGCGACAAGGAGAAGAAAGCUGCCCAACUAACUGACUCACUUGGGACGGUCUCUUACGUUAAACAACAGCUGGAGUGCAGUGAAGCGUUAGCGAAAAAGUUGAAAGUCAAACCUAUGGCAAUUAUUAACUGAUCUUUUGCGAUGCAGUUUUCUAUGGCAGGUACCCUAUCGACAGUUGCGUGCAAAAAGGUUUUGCACAGGGUGUGCAGAUGAUUUAAAAUGAAGAAUACCUCCAGUACGAGUUAAAAUAAACUUAAGGAUAGGCUUUGUAAGAGUUAUAAAAAUAGAGAUGAUAUAAAAUGAGAUAUUCUUCAUUUUAUAUCAUCUGCAUACCCCGUGCAUACCCUCUAUGCACGCCACUGCCUGUCGUGAUGUUGCAACACAGAGGUGAAGAGGUGACUCAUUUCCUUGUGGUCAAUGGGUCACCUUCUCAGCUCUGUGCAAUAUACAUAUUAAUAGUUUUUUUUAAUAGUAAUAUUUGAAGGAAAGUGAAACUAUCGCCUAUAAAUAAAAUGGACCUAAGAAUAUGUGCCUGAGCCGUGCAGUUUGGUGAAGGCAGAUCAGAAUACGCGAAUCAAAAUUGAUGCGCGCGAGCGUCGUGUAGGUGAAACGUGUAUUCGUGUUAUUGUCUACAAAUUGUUUUGAAAGUGAAGUUGGACACAACAAAUACCGAUUAACUGUUAUGCAAAAAGGUUUUACACAUUUUUAUGUGUAAUAUUUAUAUGAUAAGUAAUAUUAUUUUUAUUUAUGUAAAAUCGCUGGUAGACCCAAUAAAUAAAUAAAUAAAUAAAUAAAUAGAAUACAGUUGCCACCAUCCCUCCACUUCACGCGGGUGUCGUAUGAGGCGAAGGGAAUUUAACGGAGAACGGACAGCAGCGUCCUCCGUGCUACUACUACCAUCUACUGCGAUCACCAACCCGUCUGCCCAGCGUGGAGAUUAUGGAAUACCUCCAGUGGCAUUCAGUCCAAAAGUGGGCUGUGAUAGGCUAUUGAUGCUUAGAACUUUAGUGUUAUUUUCAUGUUACGAACUAGAGUUACCGACAUAGCUCGGAGAACGGAUGGACGUUAGGGUAAUAACAUGUUUAUUUAUUUAUUCAUAAGACACAUCAGCAAUUAAUUGUAACAACAUUCAUACAAAAAAAAAUUGUAUAGAAUUAUAAAUUCUCUCUGAUGCCAUUACAAUAACAAAUUAUAGGUGUAUACUGUUCUAAAAAAACUUUAUUUUCUAACAUCCCACUUCAUCAUAAAUCAACCCAUUACCGGCCCACUACAGG